AAACUAUUUCUGAUCCUGCAAAUUCUUUUUCUUUAAGAGGAGAAAAGAAAGAAACAGACCCAACCAAACCCACCCCGCGCCUCUGCCAGCGCUCGGACUUGUUUGGAAAGAGACAUCGCUCCGGUGGCACCGCUCCCGAGAAGAAAGGACCCUUCUCUCCGACUCCACAUGAGCACCGCUUUCGGGAUCGGGCACAGCUCCGCGUCCCGGUCAGCCCCGCGCCGCUGAGGCGGCCGCCGGGAAGGAGAGCCCGGAGCGAUGCGAGCCGUGGGCUGCGGGGCUCCGCGGCGGCCUCCUCCCUUCGCAGCCGCUCGGACCGCCGCUUAGAGGGGCCCGGACCUCGGGGCCGGAGCUUUCUGCUCUCUGUAAAGCGAGCGGAGAGGUCUCCUCUUUCUCUCUCUCUCUCUCUCUCUCUCUCUUUCUCUCUCUGUUAUUAAUUUUUUUUUUUUUUUUAAGCCGAAAAUGGUGCCGCCUGCCUAGCUCUGUGAUUUCACGCGUGGACUUGUAAUAUUUCAUUCUGAUGAUUUUUGGAUGGGGAAGGACUGAGCGGAGGAAAUCUUCCUGAGAGCGGGGCGCGGCGUUCGGCGCCCCAUAGCGGAGCGGUCCCGGCCCCGUGCGGUUCCGCCGGGCUCGGUCCGAGGCGCGGGGCCGGAGCGGGGCCGUCUCCCCAGCUGGGGGUUCUCCUCUUCCCGGCUUUUGUUUGGUUGAUUGGAGUGUUUUGCUUUUUAUUUCUUUUUUUCCCUUUCGUUUUUCCUUUUUUUUUUUUUUUUUUUUUUUUCCCCCUUCCCUUUUUAUUUAUUAUUAUUAUUUUAAAUCUGGUUUAAUCUGAGGGAGCUCCCUCCCUCUUUUCCUCAACCCCUAACUCCGAGGUCGCAGCCCAUGCCCCUCGUCGUUCGGAAGGACCGGGCCUAAUAUGCCAGUGUCACCUUCGCCUUGCAGUCGUCGUGAUGAAGGAAAAAUCCAAGAACGCGGCGAAGACAAGGCGGGAAAAAGAAAAUGGAGAAUUCUACGAACUGGCCAAGCUCCUGCCGCUGCCCUCGGCCAUCACCUCGCAGCUGGACAAGGCGUCCAUCAUCCGUCUCACCACCAGCUAUCUAAAGAUGCGAGCCGUCUUUCCCGAAGGUCUGGGAGACGCUUGGGGACAGCCGAGCAGGAUAGGGCCCAUGGAUAACAUGGCCAAGGAGCUCGGAUCCCACUUGCUUCAGACUUUGGAUGGCUUUGUUUUUGUGGUAGCCUCAGAUGGCAAAAUAAUGUACAUCUCAGAAACAGCGUCUGUACAUCUUGGCUUAUCUCAGGUGGAGCUUACUGGUAAUAGCAUUUAUGAGUAUAUACAUCCUUCCGACCACGAUGAGAUGACGGCUGUUCUUACUGCUCACCAGCCUCUUCAUCCUCACCUCUUACAAGAAUAUGAAAUUGAGAGAUCAUUUUUCCUGAGAAUGAAAUGUGUCCUAGCCAAGAGGAAUGCAGGAUUGACAUGCAGUGGCUACAAGGUCAUCCACUGCAGUGGCUAUUUGAAGAUAAGGCAGUAUAUGCUUGAUAUGUCUUUGUAUGAUUCCUGUUACCAAAUUGUUGGACUCGUGGCUGUAGGUCAAUCUUUACCUCCCAGUGCAAUCACUGAGAUCAAACUUCAUAGUAACAUGUUUAUGUUCAGAGCAAGUUUGGACUUGAAGUUAAUAUUCCUAGAUUCCAGAGUGACUGAAUUAACUGGAUAUGAACCCCAAGAUCUGAUAGAAAAAACCCUCUAUCACCAUGUUCAUGGCUGUGAUGUGUUCCAUUUACGAUAUGCUCAUCAUCUGUUGUUGGUGAAAGGCCAAGUAACAACCAAGUACUAUCGACUACUGUCCAAACAAGGAGGCUGGGUUUGGGUACAGAGCUACGCUACUAUUGUCCAUAACAGCCGUUCAUCACGGCCUCACUGCAUAGUGAGUGUCAAUUAUGUCCUUACAGAUAUUGAGUAUAAGGAGCUUCAGUUGUCACUGGACCAGGUUACCAUUUCUAAGUCACAGUUUUCAUGCAGAAACUCAGUAUCUACCUCGCAGGAAACAAGGAAAAUAGUAAAACCCAAAAGUAACAAAAUGAAGGCAAAACUCAGAACAACGCCUUAUCCACAACAGCAAUACAGCUCAUUCCAAACAGACAAACUGGAAUGCAGCCAGGUGGGAAACUGGCGAUCCAGCCCUGCAGUGAACGCUGCCACCAUUCAAGAACAAAACUUUCAUUCAGAAAACAGUGAACUUUUAUAUGCCCCGUCAUAUAGCUUGCCUUUCUCUUACCAUUAUGGACACUUCCCUGUAGACUCUCAUGUCUUCAGCAGCAAAAAGCAAAUGCUGCCUCCUAAGUUUGGGCAAUCUCAAGGCAAUCCUUGUGAAGUGGCUCGAUUUUUCUUGAGUACGCUGCAGACAAAUGGAGAAUGCCAGUGGCAUUACGCCAACUCCUUGGUAUCCAACAGCCAGUCACCAUCCAAAAAUCUUCCUGAGCAGCCAGUGAACAUCAUCCGACAUAAUCUUGGACAGAGUUAUGAAGUGCCCGUAUCGAACAGGAGAUACAACCAAGAUGCUCUCUCUGACAACUUUACAAGUUGCACAGCACCUAUGCCAGGCAGCAGAUACAAAGAAGAGAUUUAUGAUUCCAGCAUCAUGAAACCCAACAAAAUAGAAAACAGGAUUCAGCCACCUCACCAUCUCAUUAAAGAAGAAAACAAGCUAGCUUUUAACAGAGACCUACAAGAAAAAAUGAGCAUUAAUGAAAGCUCUUUUUCAAACUCAGUUGCUAACUCUUUGCUGCCAAAAUCAGAAUGUUUCCAAUCUAAAGCUUUAGGACAAUUAAGUCAUCUCCUACCUGUGCCCGCAGUGUAUGAACAAACAAGACGGAUUUGUAUGAAGGAACCCAAAUAUGGGCAUAUUAGUCACCAUGCUACAAGCCUAAAUGAACUGGACAGUGAUGAGAGAAUGACUGUGAAGCUUGAUCACGACUCUGAGAGUGAGCGUGUGAUGGAUGUAAGACCCUCUGGACAAGUUCCAUUUGUGCUUCUAAAUUAUCAUCAUGUUUUAGCCAAACAUGGCACAUUUCAAACUUCAUCAUGUACAGCAACGGGACACGUAGGAGAAAAUUAUGGAUACAAUUCUGAGGAAGUAAAUACGUUUAUGUACAAAAACCAAAGCCCCUCAUCAGCCUCUUCUCCAGAAACCCACAAGGAAACGACACUACCCCAUUAUAUUGGAACUUCUGUAAUAAUAGCCAAUGGAAGGUGACAGUAGUAAAAGAGUAUUUACAUUUAACUAAGAAGCCAAACAGUAAUGAUUUCCAAAAAGCAUGAGAAAACAUAGUUACAUUUACUGAGCACAGCUGAAGGUCAAUGAGGGACAGACUUGUGUGUUCCUGGCAAGACAUGUGUGACAGUACCUUCCAGGCGAGGAAAAAAGAAUACAUCUCGCUUCAGUGCUUUGUUGGCAAAGCUUAAGCUCUGGUGCCAGUGAGAAGAUUUGUUGCAGAUCUUAUUUUUGUUAUUUUAUAGUGUGCAACAAAAUUAAAUGAUAGGUGUUAUAUGCAGAGGUUUAUAUGAAGAACAAUUUUUCCCUUAAUCCUUCCUUCUCAAAACACAUUCAAGAUAUUAUUAUUUUCUUUUUGUUAUCAUUAUCAUAAACUGUACACUCUAGAUUAGGUAUUUUUGACAAAGUGUGAAACCCUACAUCAGCUACCCGCCCAUCUGUUACACGUCCUGACAAAUGAACUUUGUUUAAAGAGUGGUGAUUUUUAGUAUCUGUAAUACAGUUGUACUAACCAAACAUAAUUAAGUUUGGAACAUGCUUAUUUAUUACUUAUCACACAUUUUUUUCAGUAUUCAGAAAUUUUUACUGCCACCAUUAAUCUUAACAAGUGAUGGUAUUGUGACAAAUUCAUACAUAAAAAGGUAUGUAUUUAAAAGGUUACAGGUCUUGUCAUGGUGAAUUGGCACAAAUCACACAGCAGGAGCUAAAGAUAUUCCUCAAUAAAAACAGUAUAAUAAGAAAAAGAAACUUC